GUCACGUAGCAUCUGAUAGUGCCACACCGUGUCAUUCCACACCCACGGCAGACACACCGAUACUCGCCGCCAUUGCAGACUUAGCGGCAAGGAUUGACAAGUUGGAAACUAAUAAGUCUGAUCGACAAGUCCGGAGACGGAGUUCACAAAGAAGGUCACCAUCACGACGACGAUCCUUCUCACGACAGCGUUCUUACACGUCUUCUCGGGAUAGCAAUAUAUGCUGGUAUCACUGGAAGUUUGGACGUCAUGCCCUGAAAUGUGUAAAACCGUGCAGCUUUAGCGAAGCCAACCAGGCUCAGGGAAACGCCUCAGCCAGACAGUGAUGGCGACAGCUGUUACUGGCAAGCAAACAAGUCGCCUCUUCUAUGUGAAGGAUAAAACUUCAGACACUUUAUUCCUGGUAGACACGGGAGCAGAAGUUAGCGUAAUCCCUCCUUCACUAUCCAGGCGAUCUACACGGACACCCGGAAAACUGUCUCUCCGGGCAGCUAACCACACAAGCAUACAGACGUAUGGAGAGCAAUCCCUCAUACUGGAUCUAGGUUUACGUCGGCGUUUCACAUGGAUUUUCAUAGUAGCCGACGUCAGUCACGCCAUCCUCGGAGCAGAUUUCUUGAGUAAUUUCAACCUGUUAGUUGACGUCAACAAUAAAAAACUGAUUGAUAACAACACCCAUCUAAAGAUCCAUGGAAUUAUCUCCAGCUAUUCUGUCUAUAAUAUCAGUAUUGAAAGACCAGCAGAUUGCCCUUUUUCCUCCCUACUUCACCGUUUCCCUAAAAUUCUUAAGCCGUCGUACAACAUCGAGGACGUCCCUCACACAGUUACUCACAAGAUAGUUACUACGGGUCAACCAGUUCGUGCUCGUCCCCGUAGAUUACCCCCGGACAAAUUGGCAGCAGCCAAGGCAGAAUUUGAACACAUGAUGCAGCUCGGCAUCAUCAGACCCUCCAAUAGUCCUUGGUCUUCGCCCUUACACAUGGUGCCUAAAGCUGAUCAUGAUUGGAGGCCAUGUGGGGAUUACCGACAUUUAAACAAUGCCACAGUUCCCGACCGUUAUCCUAUUCCUCAUCUUCAUGAUUUCUCCCUGACAUUACACGGAAAAACCAUUUUUUCUAAAGUAGACUUGGUCAGGGCCUAUCACCAAAUACCAGUUGCCCAAGAGGAUAUCGAAAAAACGGCCAUCAUCACACCUUUCGGUUUGUUUGAAUUUCUCCGCAUGCCAUUUGGCCUAAAGAACGCAGCACAAUCCUUCCAACGUUUCAUGGAUCAGGUCACACAAGGUUUGGACUUUGUAUUUGUAUAUAUCGAUGACGUUUUAAUUGCUAGCUCGUCGCCCGAAGAACAUACUGAUCACCUCACCAUCUUAUUUCAACGAUUUGAGCAAUAUGGAGUCGUCAUUAACCCCAAAAAGUGCAUAUUCGGUGUCUCCUCUAUACAGUUUCUGGGACACCACAUAACCGCGAAUGGUAUUACGCCUACGGAGGAAAAGAUAGAGUCCAUCAAAAACUUCCCCGAACCAGAUUCACUCAAGAAGGUCAGACGUUUUUUGGGGAUGUUUAAUUUCUAUCGGCGUUUCAUUCCUUCGUGUGCCUCCAUCGUCCAGCCGUUAACCGACCUCCUUAAAAAUGAUCCUAAAAAGUUUCAGUGGUCAGCUGAAGCACGCGAAUCAUUUUGCAACGCAAAAGAUGCCUUAUCCAGAGUCACUAUGCUAUCCCAUAUCAACCCCGAAGCGUCGCUUAUUUUGUGCACAGAUGCCUCCCAAGUAGCUGUAGGGGCAGUAUUACAACAAAAGAUGAAGGGCGAAGUCACCCCACUCGCAUUCUUUUCUAAGAAGUUGGAACCGGCUCAGACACGAUACAGCACUUUUGGGAGAGAAUUGCUGGCCAUAUAUCUUGCAGUGAAGCAUUUCAGUUACUUACUACAGGGCCGGCAUUUCACUAUUUUUACUGACCACAAGCCCCUGUGUCAUGCUUUCACUACUUCACUCGAUAAACACUCCCCUAGAGAAGCCAGACAGUUGGAUUAUAUCUCCCAAUUUUCAACCGACAUUCAGUACAUCAAAGGGGAUGCGAACGUGGUAGCCGAUUCUCUUUCAAGAAGUGACAUUAACCAGCUCCAAACGUCGGUAGACAUCAGUCUUGAUCGUAUGGCUCAAUUACAAAAAGAUGACGUUGAACUCCAAACCUGCCGCAGAAACUCUUCCUUACAGCUCAAAGAUGUGCCUAUCCCCUUAUCAGAUGCAACCAUAGUCUGCGAUGUAUCUACCGGCACUAAUCGUCCAUUUGUCCCUCUCAGUUGCCGAAAAGCAUUGUUCGAACAUUUACAUUCGCUUUCUCACCCUGGAGUACGCGCCACGGUCAGACUGAUCAGCGAACGCUUCGUGUGGCCUAAAAUGAACUCUGACAUUCGGAGAUGGGCACGAGAAUGUAUCCAAUGCCAAUGCUCCAAAGUACACCGCCACACUAUUACAACCCCGAAGACGUUUAAAUUACCCGAAAGGAGAUUUCAGCAUAUCCAUAUAGAUAUCGUGGGACCAUUGCCAACAUCAAGGGGAUAUACACAUAUCCUGACAGCGAUUGAUAGAUUUACUCGUUGGGCUAUUGCAUGCCCCUUAAACGACAUAUCUGCUGAAAACGUUGCUUUAGUUUUUCUCGACCGUUGGGUGUCAAACUACGGUGUACCAACUACUAUUACAUCCGACCGCGGUCCUCAAUUCCAAUCGACACUCUUUCGCGAACUGACGAGACUUCUGGGAGUGAAACAUAUCUCCACAACAGCCUAUCAUCCGGCAGCGAAUGGUCUAGUGGAAAGAUUCCACAGACAACUGAAAAGCUCCCUGAUGGCGCAGAAUGAUACAUCUAAGUGGAGUGAAUACUUACCUUUGAUUUUACUUGGUAUCCGUUCUACUAUCAAAGAAGAUUUAGGAUGUACACCGGCUCAACUUGUCUAUGGCACCAACCUAACCUUGCCUGGACAGCUAGUCCCCUCAGCCGAUUCCACAGACGUGAACAUUGCCGACUUCACUAACCGAUUAACUAGACAAAUGCUUCAACUUCAACCAACAGCACCUCGACAAUCUCCCCGAAGAGAUCAGAUCAACAAACAUCUACAAACUUGCAAAUUCGUCUUCAUUCGAGUCGACGCCAUCAGAAAAGGAUUGCAACCUCCAUACGAAGGACCCUUUCAAGUUAUUAAACGUUCAGACAAACACUUUACAGUGAACAAGAAUGGAAGACGAGAGACUGUUUCAAUUGAUCGAAUCAAACCCGCAUACACCGACAACGACUUCGAAUCUACAUCGGCAGCUGCGCAAUCAAAUAAUCAAACAUCCGAAUCCCCUCCACCGGCACCAAGUCUUAUCCUCCCUCCAUAUCACACACGUAGUGGUCGGCAAAUCAGUAAACCGGCUCGCUACGUUCAUUUUGAGGACUAACAAAAGAAAAAUAAUUAAAAAUUAUUAUUAUCUUUUUCGUUUAGACAUUAUCAUCAUGACGGUUAGUAUUUCGUCGUAAACUUUGAUGUUACUAUCACUAUUAUUUAUUUAUAUGUACCUCACCUAAAAAACAGGUAUUGUCCUUUCCAAAAACUAUUGAUCUUUAAUCCAUAUUUUUUUAAAUGUUUCUUUCCCCUCCUUAAAUACUGUGUAUUUACAUAUUUUUCUUUAUACAUUAAAAAUCUAUGUUCAUGGUUAGUGCAAAUUUAAGUGACAUGACUUUCUCUUUCAAUUUUUAUUGCUGAACUCAUUGUAUAUGCUUUCAGACUUUACAUGAUUCACAUACCUUCUCGCGUUUAUGCAUGUUGUAAUAUAUCCCUAUUUUUAUCCAAAAGUUGCUAUUACUAUUAUUAUUUACUUCAUAGUUUUACUUAUCAUUUCCCGGUUGUCUCUCCGGACCUCUAGGGGGGAGCCGUGUUGAGUACGUAACAAUGUGAUUGUACACUUUUUGGUUACUUGUAUAAAUUCGAGAUAUUGUACAUAAUUUUUGUUUAAAACGCUUCUUGUUGAAAUAUACAUAACUUCCGUGUACAAUUGAAAAAUACACUCUGCUGUUGGAGACUUCGUCUUCUCCCUGGUCACUUCUGCUUACUUGCUCCACUCACACCGUGUUGUAUACUUCGGAUUUAUUGUAGGAGCCUACUACUCUCAACCGAAGACAUUUCUACAACCGGAACACAGCAGCUACAGCAGACGCAGUCCAAACAAUUAACGUGCCCGUGGAUUAUAUAAUUAAUUUGUAGCCGAGGACUUAGACGUUAUAUACAAGUAAUCCUUUUUGCUGCUAUAACUCGUCACUGUAUUUUUGGUAAUAUAUUGUGAUUUAACACUCCACUGACUUGGAUUAUU